GGGACAAAGAUGGGCGUGGUCUGCGCGUGUGUACAUCCUACAAAAGCCUCUGGCCGUCGUCGCUUACGGGCAGUACCGCCCCGCGCGCUUAUACCCUUCUUCCCAAACGACUCUUGCACUCCACCGUCGUCCACAUUGGCCACCGUUGUACCUAGGAGCUUCAGCACCGUCACUCUGGUGCAUAAUCGACUACUACUUUUGCGCGUCGCGCCUAUCUGUUUACCGUUGAGCUAUGUGGCGUGCAUUCUCCCUCCGCAGCAAAAAGUCACCGCCAGAGGAGCGCCACGGCUGGCCGGGCGCGCCCUAUGAUUACCGCUUGGCUACUGCCCCCGUCGCUCAGGCUCCUCCUCCGACGAUCAUGCAACCCGUACCCAUGCCACAACCCCCACCCAUGCCUGUUAAGCACAUCUCACCAUCCACAAUCGUGCCCCCGGUCGUCAGCACGUCCCCACCAGCCAUUACACGUGCCUCGUCCAGAGCGGCCGCUGCACCUCAAUCCGUCCUUCGCACUUCAUCGCGCGCCGCACCACCCCCAGUCGUAUCGACUGGUGCUCCCCCUGCUUUCACGCACACGAGCCAGCCUCCCAUCGCACAUAACAAUCAUGCCCCGGUCUCCCAUACCCCACACCCGCCGCCUAUUCAGACCGCCGCCCCUAUCCCGCCAGCUCCUGUGCCGAUUGCGCGCACUUCAUCUCGCGCGGCCGCGCCGACCCGAGCGCAUCCCGUGAACAACACCAGCACUUCUCCCUCAUAUAACUCGUACCCUGAGCGUCAGGGUCUUCCCUACACGGAGUGGCAAGCUGCUCUCGUUGACCGCCAAGCGACCGACAUGCGCAAAUCCUACUACGGUUCGUCCCCCGUCGCCGCUGUUGCCGGCAGCGAAGAUACCUACGACACGCGGUCCAUCACCGACUCUGCGUGCUCCAUCGACGACCGCGAUGCGUACCCGUACGAUAGGUACGGUGACAGACCCACGAUCUACGACUCCCCGAUCGGCUACUCCCCAUCGGACACGAUCUCGCCGCUCUCGUCGCCUUUCGACCCUCGCGCCGCUGCAUCACCCGCGGACAGCACCGUCGUGCUCAGAGGGGCGCUCCCGCCCACGCGCACCUACUCUGGCCGUCCGCUCGGCUUCAUACCCCUGGAGAUGGAGGAGUACCACUCGGGGGAGGACGAUCGGGCAUCGUACUCUGACGAGUCCUUCUCCGAGGGGCGCAGCACGGACUCUGAGGACGAUCGCCGCGGGCGACGCGGAGAUCGUCGCGGCGAUUACGACCAACGACGCGCGUCAUACGCAUCGACGGAGGACUCUUCGUACUCAGCGGAGAGGGCAUAUGACCGGCGCAGCGGGGGUGAUCAAUACGAGUACGAGAGCCACGCGUUGACCAUGAGUCGGAGGCGAGGCCGCGAUGUGGCGGGGGAACUGCAGCGGCAGGAGAGCGGCCGGGAAGGCCAUGGGCGGCGACGGCAUGGGUCGCGCGCGGGACAUGGUCGCAGCUUCGAGGACGAUCGCUACUCGAUUUUGGAGGAGCCGCCGCGCGCGCAGGAGCCUCUACAUGCCCUGCUCACGGAGGAGCCACCUCGGGCUCCACGCAGCCGCAAGGUGAGCGCGCCGCCUGCCCCACUGGCGCGGGCCCCGUCGAUGUCGUCGCCGGUUGAUGAUGCAUCGAGGACGCCACAGCCCCGCACGCGCCGCGCGAGUGUUGUGGGACCUGGUGGGCACGGGACUUCUCCGACAAGCUGGCGACACUCUGCUGUACCUACUCGUCGGGAGCCUGCCCUGGAGAGCGUUCCGGAGCGCCGCCAGUCGCCUCCUACUACUCUUCGCCAGGAGGAGGCCCCCCAUGUCUUCGGGCCGCGGCCGCGAAGGUCUUCUUCGGCAACACCUGCGCCUCCGUCCGAUAGGCGCAGCAUCAGCUACACGCCAGCUCCGGUGUGGGCUGGCUCGGACAGCUCAGGCUCGACGGCUUCGACGCGGUCUCUGGCCACGCCGCCACCCCUCGAUGCUCCCAUCGUCUCACAGGCUGAGGCGCGCACCCGCAAGCCGUCUUUCAUUCGUCCACAGGCGCCGUCUAUGCCCAUUCCGCCCAUCACGCGAGAGCACUCAUCGUCACCAAAAGACCGCAGGGAGAGUACAUCGCACAUGAGUCGUAGGGACAGCAUCUCGAUCUCCCCACGGGACAGAAGGGAGAGCAUGUCGACGUCUCCCCGCGAUCGACGGGUAGGGCCGCUGACCGUGCGCGAGCCCGCCAACGUGCCCCCUAACCACCGAACCAACGCUGUCUCUAUUACGCGGCGACCUUCCGCCUCUUCGCCUAUACGACCAUCCGCCACUUCGCCGGUGCGACAUGCGCAGCCCGCGCCGGUCUAUCCACCGGAGCCAUCGCACGCGCAGCGUGCUGACCAUCGCGAGCCUUACUAUGGCGCGCGGCAGCGAACCUCGCGCAGGUUCUCGGACACGGACGCACCGAGGCCGAGCUCGCCCGAUCCUCUUCCUGUUCCCCCGCCCAGCAACCGACGACGGCACUCGGAUGGGGAGCAGACACCGACCGAUGGCUUCCGCGGCGUCAAGUGGCGCGAGGGCCUUGUCUUGCCCUCGCCCAUCCUUACGCGCGACCGCCGCAAGGGCUGGUACAACCGCCGAGGCGACCAGCUCUGGACGAACGAGGGCGCGUUCCGGCCGGCUCUCACGGGCGAAGAAUACCCUCCAGACCUCGACGGGUACCCCGAAGCCGGCGAGGGCUGGAUGAACGAGGAGGGCAAGCGCAUCGACAUGAAGCACCGCCUCGUGCCCAAGCAACCACUGCGCUCCGUGCUGAAAACGAACUCGGGGUCUCUCCUAUAGCAGCCGAUGCCUGGCGCGUCGCGGUUGCGGAUGCGUUUAUGCUAUGCUAUGCUACUUUACUUGGGUAUGUAUGAUUAUGAUAGGUCCACGCAUUGCAUAUGUAUGGUAAGUACGCAGAUAAUGAGCAUUCGUUCAGUCGUCUGAUGUUAGAGUUAGUCGUCUGAU